AUGGAGCGAGUGAUGGACCUCUUAAGCUCAAUCGUUUACGAUAUCGAUGACGGUAAAGUGAAUUCGCCAUUCUUCGUUGAUGAUUUAAAGAGACUCUUCUAUCAAGGCUCAACUGAAUGGGGCACCAAACUUUUGUCCAAUGUAUCAAGGCCGAUUCUUGCAGUUGUGCUCGUCAGAGAAUCUAUUGCGCACGGUGUCCCGAAGGUCCGUGGUUCGAACCCGACCUUUGCCUCUCGACUUCCCCUGUCUAAGCUUGGGCGACCUGGCAGUAUUCCAGCCCUCUUGCUACCUUCCGGUGGCAUGGCAGUUAGGCACCGGAAGGUUGCUACAACUGAACAACUUCAAUUUUCAAUUUCGAUGGCUAAACAUGUUCUUCAUUCCAAUUUGUCCGGUCACACUGGUUAUCAGCAUGCGAAUGAGUGUCAUCUACAAGUCGGAGUCUUGAAAAUAACCCCAGAAUGUCCGAAACUUACUGAGACCCCAAAACUCCACCAAAAUCGCGGUAGCGAAGCCGCCAAGCAUCCGGGCCUCAAAAGCCAGCCGGCGACUGGACGCACAAACAGCCAAUCAGUUGACGAUGAUGAUGAAAGUUCAGUUCAUAACAAACCAAGUGGCAGAACUAGUCAGUGGCUUGCAUUUCUGAGACCAAAAACAAGGAGAGCAAUAACGUCCGCAUACGCAACGUUUUUGAGCGAAUGCCGCGGAAGCAUUUCGACUCCCGAGGUUGCAGAGACAGGCAGAGAAAUUUCAAGCAGCAUAUCAAUAACAAAGUUGAAGAGGAAAGGUGAGAGAGAGCAGCCUUGUCUCACACCACUCGACGAGGUGUACUCGGACGAAAUCUUUCUGUAUCUGCGUACGCACUCAUGGGAGUUCGCAGACAAUGCCCUCAUAGGAAAGAUAAAUUUAGGGGAACACUUUUGGUCGCCAAACACUGCCAAGGGUCGCCAGACUGCUCAGCAGGCGUCCAUCACCUUUGAAGAGUGUGGGAUGUUGAACAUUGAGGUCGGGUGCUUUGAUGCUUUGGAGAAAUGA